AGCAUUCAAACCCUCAACUUCUCUCAUUCUCAGUCACCAACAUGAGCUCAGUCGAACCCUCGACCUCCAUCGCCAUCCCCAACGAGCCAACUGAAACCCAGGAAAAAGCUCCUAUCGCCGCUCCUGCGAGCACAUCCAGAGCUCCAAGGUUCGCAUUCUUCAGGAAAACAAAGGUUGAGAGAGGAUGGAAGCGAGGAAUAUCUCUCUGCGAUUUCAUCCUGAGGCUGUUAGCGAUCGCUGCUACGCUCUCAGCUACUAUUUCUAUGGCUACCACUGAUGAGACCCUUCCCUUCUUUACUCAACAUUAUCAGUUUUACGCUAAUUUCUCCGACCUCCCAGCAUUAACAUUUUUUGUUGUUGGGAAUGCAAUUGCGGCUGGACUGUUGGUUUUAUCUCUUCCGGUGUCUAUUGCAGGAAUCAUAUGUGCAAAUGCUGCUGGCCCUCGCCUUUUCCUCCUCGUGCUCGACCUUGUUCUGGUAGCUCUAACAACUGCAGCAGCCUCAGCUGCAACAGCAAUAGUCUAUCUAGCUCACACCGGCAGCGACAAAGCCCACUGGGUUGCGAUCUGCAUCAGAUUUGACGGAUUCUGUGAACAAAGCAGCGGCGCCUUGGUGGCUUCUUUCAUCGCCAUCGUGAUCUUGAUGCUGAUGGUUGUCAUGGCUGCGCUUGCUCUGAGGAAAUGCUAAGCUUUGCUUGUUUGCGUUGUGUUUGUGUUCGUUACGUUAUUACUACGUACCGUAUUGGAUGUUGAAACUGCUUUGUGCUUUAAGAUUUGUGGUUGUGCGCGCGUGAACUUGUAAUCUUGUAUUGUAAUUUACAGCACAAAUAUUUGCAAUUUGAAGAAGUGUUGCUG